AUGGCAUAUCUUACCAAGGAGGAGGAAGACGAUCGGAAGUACGAAGACAAGGAAGAGCUGUCUCCUUGGGGCAAGCCAGAUGAUGAGGAUUCCGAGCUUCGCGUCUACGGCUGGCGAGACGGCACUCCGUUGACCAGGCAGGACGUCAGCGAGAUCAUCAGGGCUGAACCGCGUGCGCAAGCCGA